CUGGAGGUCACCGGUGCACGUAAUCUGAGUUUGCAUCCCUUUAAAGGAAGCAGAUAGUGUCCUUCGUUUGAACUGGAUGCAAGGUGGGGCGCAGGAGGAUGUAGAUCAUAACCGAGGCUAGUUAUUCCCCCGCCUUUCCACAGUCGGUCUCUCUUCCAUCUACAAUAUAUUCGGGGAUUCGUUCCUGAGAUGCUUGACUUUCCUCGCCCACUCUAUCUCUUCGUCCCCUGGCUGUUGAGCGCAAAAGUAUAUCUUUCAAGAUGACCCUCAACCAAUUUCUACAGACCGACUGUGAGACAUACCCCUAUGUCUUCAUGAAGAACGUCGACAUUCCCUUGAAAACCUCUGGCAAAGGAGUCCUCCGCGCCAACGUCUAUCUCCCCAAAGACGCCGCCCCAUUCGGCUCGCAAACCUACCCGGUGAUCGCAACCUAUGGUCCCUAUGGCAAAGAUGUUCCGUAUUCUGUCUUCAAUCGGAGUAGCUUCAAUGAAGUGAACCCGCAGCACAAAUCUGCCCAUUCAGCGUGGGAAACCCCCGACCCAGGGUACUGGACUCAGCGGGGCUACAUUGUCUUGAGAGUAGACGAGAGAGGAAUCGGACAAAGUCCAGGGCAGUUAGACGUCCUGUCCCGUGGAACCAGUGAGACAUUCUUUGACGUGAUCGAGUGGGCUGCUGAGCAGGAAUGGUCGACCGGCAAGGUCGGCCUCCUGGGGGUCAGCUACUACGCCGCUACGCAGUGGAGUGUGGCAGCCCGCAGACCCAAGGGGCUGGCCGCGAUCAUUCCCUGGGAGGGCUUUAGUGACUAUAAUCGAGAGGCCGUUCGCCAUGGUGGCAUCCUCGCGGACCAAUUUAUAGGUCCGUCAGCACCUCCCCUGCGUGUCCCGAUUUCCUCGAUACUGACUGCACUGAAUGUUUUGGAUCGUACAGGGAUAUGGUGGUCUCGUCAAGUACUACCCAACCAAUAUGGCACUCCCGGUCGCUGGGGUGACCCGACUCUCGAAGGGGACCUAGAUUCGGAGACCCGAGCCCAAAACCUGGCUGGCUUGACCGACAACACCGUCCGGUAUCCGUUCGCGGACGAUGAGCAAAACAAGUCUCGAGAGUUUGCUGUUGAGGAUGUCGAAGUCCCCCUUCUCAGUGUAGCCAACUGGGGUGGUAUUCUGCUGCACUUGCGUGGAAAUGUGGUCGGAUGGAUGCGAGCGUCUUCUCGAUACAAGUUUCUACGCUUCGUCGUUGGCCGACAUGACUUACCCUUUUACUGGGAGCAAUCGGCGGAGCUGCAACGGUCGUUUCUGGAUUGCUUCUUGAAAGAUGACGACGAUCAUGCGGGCUGGAAGACUACCCAGCCCCGGGUCUAUCUCACAUUGCGAAACAAGGAUUGCGAUCCCAGGCAUGAGUUAGAUCAGCCGGGUCGCCCCGAGGCGGAUUGGCCUAUCCCCGACACACAGUAUACUACAUUAUUCCUUACGCCGAGGCGUACUCUUUCUACCGUAGCCGCUGAGACGACAGACACCUGUACCUACGAUGCGCUCCAUGGGGACCCUAUCCAAUUUCAUCAUACGUUCAGCUCUUCGAUUGAGAUUACGGGGCAUAUCGUCGUACACUUAACCAUUUCCGCCUCUCGACUCAACCCUGACAAUGCACCCCCUUCUGAAAUAGAUAUUUUCGUCACCCUGCGCAAGCUGGACAAGGACGGAAACGAAGUGUUCUAUACAGGGACCGUCGGCGAUCCAGUUCCCGUUGUCAAGGGGUGGCUGCGUGUUUCGCACCGCAAGGUGGACGAGACACAUCCUUUGCACCGCCCUUACCUGCCAUAUCGCAGCUACUCCCGUGCUGAUGUGCUGCCGGUGGUAGAGGAUGAUAAGUAUCCAGUUGACGUGGAAAUGUGGCCGACGAACACCGUGCUUGAGGCCGGGGAAUCGCUCGUGCUUGAGAUUGCGGGUAACGACACGCAGGGUGUGGGCUUGUUUUCGCAUCAACAUCCAGAGGACCGCGUCCCAAGCAAGCUUGCAGGCCUGAAUCACGUAGAGGUGGGUAGGGAUAGUAGCUGGAUUUUGCUGCCUGUCAUCCCACCGCGGAACUCUACAUAGACGACUGUCCCACUGCGCCUAUGCCGCUUCUGCCUCAGUAUGACACGCUUCCCGACAUUCGACGACUACAUUGGACGAUAU